AUGGCCACAUUACCUUGGCGGGCCGUGUCGCUUGUGUCGGUCAUCUUUACAUUCCUAGUUGUGUCCCGUUGGCCAACAUGGACUAAACGUCAAUUUACAACACUAUUCGUCGGUCUCUGGUUACUCCAGGGUCUUGCCUGGGGGAUAUGGAAAGUCUUGUUAUACCCUAAGUUCUUCUCACCCCUACGCGGCUUGCCAGAGCCGGCCGGUGGCGGUUUCUUUAUGGGCCAGUUCAAGAGGAUAGCUGCGGAGCCCACAGGUAUUCCGAUGAGGGACUGGGUAACCAACGUGCCGAAUGAGGGGCUAAUUCGAUACACGAGUCUCUUUAACAUGGAGCGCUUGCUCAUCACGUCACCCAAGGCACUUUCCGAGGUUUUGGUGACUCGCAACUAUGACUUUGAAAAGCCCUCUCAGUUCCGAAACUCCAUCGGUCGAAUUCUCGGGAUCGGCAUACUGCUUGCCGAAGGAGAACAACAUCGAUUGCAGCGUCGAAACCUCAUGCCCGCAUUUGCGUUUAGACAUAUUAAAGAUCUGUACCCGGUGUUCUGGAAGAAGAGCCGUGAGGGAGUUGAAGCGAUGACCGAGGAGAUCACCAAGAACGCCUCUCUACACGCAACCUCCAAGGACCUCGAGAAAGCGCUGUCUGAAACGGGCAAGAAAACUGCUGUCUUAGAGGUUGGCUCCUGGGCGUCUCGGGUCACGCUUGAUAUCAUUGGAGUCGCGGGACUGGGCAGGGACUUUGGGGCCAUCAAAGAUCCCAACAACGAACUGAAUCAAACUUACCAGAGUCUUUUCAAACCAUCAAAGCAGGCCCAAAUUCUGGGGAUCAUGUCGUUGUUGCUCCCGAAUUGGGUUAUCACGCAUUUGCCUGUCAAGCGAAACAAUGAUAUCAACCUGGCAGCCCGAACUAUUCGCUCCGUAUGCAACGACAUUAUCCUGGAGAAGAAACAGAGGCUUGCGAGAAAGGAACCCACAGAUCCGGACAUAACCUCCAUCGCCCUCGAGUCCGGCGGCUUCACAGACGAGAAUCUCGUCAACCAGCUCAUGACCUUUCUAGCGGCCGGGCACGAAACCACCGCAUCGGCCAUGACAUGGGCCGUCUACAUGCUCUGCCGCCAUCCGGAAAUUCAAACUAAGCUCCGCAAGGAAAUCCGCGAAAAUCUACCCUCCAUGUCCUCCGACCGCGACGUCACCAGCCUCGAAAUCGACCACCUCCCCUACCUAAAUGCCGUCUGCAGCGAAGUCCUGCGGUACUACUCCCCCGUACCCCUGACCACCCGCGAAUCUGUUAUCGACACCAGCAUCCAGGGCCAUUUCGUCCCUAAGGGAGUACGCAUCAUUCUUUGCCCCUGGGCCACCAAUCUCGAUAAGAAGUUGUGGGGCUCCGACGCAGAUGAAUUCAAGCCCGAGCGGUGGAUUGCGAAAGAUGGGGAUGAGCAGACGAAAGCUACGGCUAGCGGUGGGGCGUCAAGUAAUUACGCAUUCAUGUCUUUCUUGCAUGGGCCAAGGAGUUGUAUUGGGCAGAGCUUUGCCAAGGCCGAGUUUGCGUGUCUUUUGGCGUCGUGGAUAGGGAGGUUCGAGUUUAGGUUGAGGGACGAGGAGGAGAUGGAUGAGGAGAAGAUGUUGAUUAAGGGGAGUGUCACGGCUAGGCCGGCGAAGGGACUGUAUGUGUAUGCUACGGUUGUGGAGAGGUGGUGA